AUGGAAGAAAAUAGAGAGGAGAGAGAAAGGGGGGAACUGUUGGGGAAUCGGUUAAUUGAUGGCAUGCCUGUUUUUGCAAAGGAGUUGAUUGCUGGUGGGGUAGCUGGUGGAUUUGCCAAGACUGUUGUUGCGCCUCUUGAACGUCUCAAGAUCUUGUUUCAGACUAGACGGGCUGAAUUUAAAAGUCUCGGACUAUCUGGUUCCUUCACAAAAAUUGCAAAAACAGAAGGGGUGCUUGGUUUUUAUAGAGGGAAUGGAGCUAGCAUUGCGCGUAUAGUGCCUUAUGCAGCAUUGCACUAUAUGGCUUAUGAACAAUACCGGCGAUGGAUCAUUCUUGGUUAUCCUGGCGUUGGGAGAGGUCCUGUCCUUGAUCUCAUAGCUGGAUCAUUUGCUGGAGGAACAGCUGUACUUUUCACUUAUCCACUCGAUUUAGUCCGGACUAAAUUGGCAUAUCAGGUUUCUGAUUCCUCAAAGCUGAAUGUUAAAGGGCUCGUACCCAGAGAACAAGUUUAUAAAGGAAUUCGAGAUUGCUUCUCCCAGACUUACAAGGAGGCUGGUAUUAGGGGCCUCUACCGAGGUGUUGCUCCAUCACUAUAUGGGAUCUUCCCUUAUGCGGGACUAAAAUUCUAUUUCUACGAGGAAAUGAAGCGUAAUGUCCCUGAAAAACACAGGAAAGACAUUACAGUAAAACUUGUGUGCGGAUCAGUUGCAGGUUUAUUGGGUCAGACUUUCACUUAUCCUCUCGAUGUCGCUAGGCGGCAAAUGCAGGUGCAGCGUGUCUUGAGAUCUAACGGUGGUGACAUGAAAAACACAAUGGAAACUCUAGUUAUGAUUGUCCGAAGAGAAGGAUGGCAACAAUUAUUUUCUGGUCUUAGCAUCAACUACUUGAAGGUCGUACCCUCAGUGGCAAUUGGAUUCACUGUAUAUGAUGUUAUGAAGUCAUUUCUGCAUGUUCCGGCACGAGACGAAACUGUAGUGGAAGUUACAACCAGCAGAAGUAGUCAGCCAUUAUCCCUGCAUUCACCAUCAUUGUCCGAGUCUCAGCAAUAA